UGCUGUGUCCCUCUCCGCAGGCAGCCGUGCCAGCAUCCAGACCGCCCUGCGCACCCUGCUUGCAACACGCUGGCCCUCGCAGCGGGAUGUCCGCUCCUGGCUCCAGCUCCUCUCCGUCCUGCAGUGGGUGCUCAGCUUCCUNNACGCAGGAACCAUCAGCCUGCUGCUCCUCAUCUACCUGGUGUUCACCAGCUUCUGGCCCAUCUCUGCGUUCUACCUGGCCUGGAUCAUCUUCGACUGGGACACGCCAGAGAAAGGUGGCAGGAGGCUGCCGUGCCUGCGGCGAUGGCGCGUGUGGAGGCACUUUCGGGAUUAUUUCCCCGUGAAGCUGGUGAAGACGCACGACCUGUCCCCCAGCCACCACUACAUCAUCGGCCACCGCCCGCCCGGCUGCGUCGGCGCCUUCUGCAACUUCAUCACGGGCUCGACGGGCUUCGGGGAGAUGUUCCCGGGCAUCCGGCCCUUCCUCACCACCCUGGCCGGCAACUUUCGCCUUCCCAUCUUCAGGGAGUACCUGAUGAGUG